AAAAAGGUAUGUUUAUAAUGUGCAGGGUACUCCCUCUUGACGUACCAUACCCUGGGCGGGGCGUUCUUUGCACCGCCUGUCGACCACACCUGCCGUCCACCGACUGAUGCCCACACUGCCACCGUCAUCCUCCCACCUGUUACCGACCACAACAUCACCAGCUACUCUCCUAAGGACACCCAUCUAGCCACCGAUGCCAGCUGUAGUUACUUGGUACAGGAUCCUGCUACAGGGAACCUGAAGGAGGAGGCAUGCACUGACUGGGUCUUCGACAACUCUACUUUCAUUUACACGGUUACUUCUGAGUUCCAGUUGGUGUGUGACAGGAAGUACCUCCGGGCAACUUACCAGAGCAUGUACAUGUUUGGUGUACUAGUAGGAGCUGGCUUCAAUGGAUUCCUGGCGGACAGGUUCGGCCGCUUGACAAUGAUUACCAUAGCGUCCAUCGCAUAUACCAUCAUCAGUGUGGGUUCUGCCUGGUUGCCUACCUUAUCUACACUCAUAGCUGCGCGCUUCCUGCUGGGCAUAAUGCACCCAACAUCUCUACAAACUGGCUACAUCCUCAUAAUGGAGGUAACAGAAAUGAAGAUGAGGUCACGGAUUGGCAUUCUGCAGUUCAUUUCGUGGACGGCGGGCACGAUGCUCUGGGGCGGGUGGGCAUACCUGGUGAGGAACUGGCGAUGGUUGCAGACGAUGGUGUCUCUGCCUUGUCUCUUGUUCCUCCCUGCAUUGUGGAUAUUGGAGGAGUCCCCGCGGUGGUUGGUGGUGCGUGGGCAUCAUGACCGGGCUCUUCGGGUGUUGCAGAAGGCAGCUGCUUGGAAUAACGCGAGUCUUCCGCCCUCACAGGAACUACUGAGUAUCAUGAAGGAAAUAGAGUUGAAGUCAGCGUCCAGCAGUAGCAACGACGCUGAGAAGACGGUGAUGGAUAGGGUACAAGGGCUGCUGGCCCGUCUUGUCAUUCUCUUCAGGACAAGAAAGCUACGAAUCAUCACUUUGGUCAUGUUAAUACAAUACUUCGUCGUGGCUAUGAUCUCUUUUGGCCUUACGCUGGGAGCAGGUACUUUCAACGUUAACCCUUUCCUCUACAUGACCAUCGCGGGUAUUAUGGAGCUACCAGGAACCACGUUACUGAUUCCCUUGAUAAGUACCUACGGGCGGAAGAAAGUCACUACUAUCAGCUUCGCAUUGUGUGCUAUUUCCUUAAUGACUGAACCACUUCCAUCCAAAGAUUAUAAAUGGCUGUCAGUCACAUUGGUCAUGGUGGGAAAGAUGACCAGCAGCUGUGCAUUUAGCGCCGUAUUCCUCUACGCUUCCGAACUCUUCCCUACCGAGAUACGCACUCAGGGAAUGAGCUCUGCCAUGAUGUCCUCGCGUGCUGGUGCCAUAAUAGCCCCCUUCCUUAUGAGUGCCUUGAAUUCAACGUUUCCCUGGGCAAUUACGGUAGUGUUUGGGGCGUUGUCAUUAGUGGCCGCCGUGUCAUCAUUCCCUCUGCCAGAGACUCUCAACACUGACCUGCCAGACACCAUCACCGACCUGGAGGGCAAACGCAGCAUUACAUCAAAGAAGGACACCAACAGUGGCCCUGAUACCAGGGUUACUACUUGCUGACUUACUGACCACUAGGAGCAUGUUUGUCAGCAGUAACGCAAACAAUCUCAGCAGUGUUUAGCUUACACUUACAUCUUCAACAAGAGUGACACUGAGCGUUGAAGUCUCUUUGGGAAGUCUUCUGAUAUUAUGAUAAUGGACGUUACCAAAAUUUAUUGCUGUUUGAGGAUAUGACUGAAAAAUUAGAAAAUAAUAAACAAACAAAAUUAAAUUAAAGAGAUGGUUGGUGGGAGAAGUUAAUCCCCAUAUAGAGUAUAGCCAGGAGGACCCCUUCUGUUAUCCCUGUAAGGCGUUGGUUCCCUGAGGCACAAGGGUGGUGGUACUUACGUCGUCAUCAGUGUGAGUUCAUUCAAGACCAGACAUGAUCAACACUGGUACAGGUACUUGAUAAUAGUGUGCAACAGACGUGACCGACCGCGCAAACGACAAACAGGCUGCUAAGUGGAGAAGAGGUUAAAUUAUCAGUAUAAAAGUAAACAAACUUGGCAACCAUGAUGCAUAUAAUGUCAAAUGAGAACAACAAUUCAUAAAUGUUUUUUUCUGGCGCUGACAGGUCCAUUACCAAUUCAUAAGUGAAAAAAAUCAAACUUAUGUAUCAAGUUAUGAAUAAGAAACAAUGAUCUGUAAUGGCUUGUGCUAAUUUUAACAUUUGGCAAUAUCUUCGUAAAUAUAUUUUUAAUUUGCUUGGAAGUUUUUGGAUUUUUUAAUAAAUAUAUAUUUUUAUAA